CUCAAACAACAAACAAUAACAAUUCGAUGAAAGACAAACGUAUAAAUUUUAUUGAUAAACUUUUUAAUAAUUAAAUCAUUGAUCCAGAUUGAAAAGAAAGUUCUCUUCAAAAUUUUACGCAUACAAUACGCAUAUAUCUUUUAGAUUUCAAAUAUUGCGAUUUGUUUAACUCUUGUAACGGAAAUGGAGGAAUUACGUGAUGCCAGCAUACAUCACACGGCGCAAAAGCUGGCCGUUGCCAUAAAAGCAAUGAAAAAUUACGAUGAGAUUUUCAAAAAAGUACAGAUACUAGCUUGCAGCCCAGGAGUUGACAAAAAUGACCUACGCAAUACCCUAGAGGAUGCCAUCAAAUCGACUGGUCUCGAAACGGAAAUCCGCAACAUAGUAUUCCAUUUAGUUCGUAACACACUAAUUACAGAGACAAAGUCUCAGGAGAAGUUAGGACAUAGCGCCGACCCGUUGGCCUAUCUGCGACGCUCGGCUGUACAAUGGGAUCGACGUGUGCGUAAAAGUUUGAAUGCAAUGUGCGCCGAGUUGAGUAUGCCGCUGCAUGGACAGCCUCGCGCCGUGAUGGAUCGCGAUGAGUUGAUUAGUAAAUGGGAAGAGUUAAGCAAUUAUACAAUUGAUCUUUCCAACUACCGACCCGUCUAUGCGCCAAAGGAUCUCUUGGAUGUGCUACUCUCACUCAAGGGCCCACAAAAACCGCCCGAAGACACUGAGUUUGUACAAGUGCCUAACUGGGAGUUCUCACACAUCGAAUUGCCUGUCAAAAACCUUUUCGAAUUGCGUCUAUUAUUCGCUGAAUUGUUUCGCAAAGAGGGUACAACAAAUAAUUUAGACUUACCCACACAAUGUAAACGCAUACUGGACACCAAGCAAGCGCCACUUUGUCAACACUUUCUGAAGAAGGGCAGGACGCCAGCACCUUUUCGUGGCGAACUCUGGUCUUUUGUGCUGUCGCAUGGCAGUUACAUGAAUGGACAGGAAUGCGAUCACUGGGCGCGUUUGCGCAACAAAGUUUUAACCACCGAUCAUAUUGUGGACAAGCUUAUCUUCAAGGAUAUUCAAUUGACUGCUUCCAAUGAUGAUCAGUAUUUUGUUUUCGAAGAUGUGCUCUAUCAGAUUAUGCUUUGCUUCUCACGCGACACAGAAAUCGCCAAUCAAAUACAGUUUGAGAAAUAUCCGGUUAAGGGUAGAAAUUAUGAAGGACCGCCGUCGGGUGUGGUGCCCUUCCACGGCAUCUGCAUGUUUGCGGCACCAUUUUGUUAUCUUUAUGAUUCGUCUAUAAAUUUGUACUUCACAUUUCGCGCCUUCUAUAUACGUUAUUGCCAUCGCUUGACCACAAUAAAUACACAUCCACAAGGCAUUGUUAGCCUGUGUUUGUUGUUUGAGAAGUUGCUGCAAACACAUGAACCGCUGUUAUGGUCGCAUUUUCGCGAACUGCAAAUACAACCCAUUCGUGUCGUCUUCAAAUGGCUCAUGCGCGCCUUCAGUGGCCAUUUACCGCCGGAUCAGCUGCUUAUACUGUGGGAUUUGAUACUUGGCUACGACAGUUUGGAAGUGCUCUCACUCUUCGCCAUAAUUAUUUUGAGUUUCCGGAAAGACAGUCUCUUGCAGGUCACAUCGCUAGAUAAUAUUGAGGCAAUAUUAGCAGAUCUGUCUUCGAUUAAGGUGUUGCCACUUAUACAAUUGGCGCUAUGUCGCGAUUAGGAUGCGUGGCUCAUAAAAAUAUUAUGAUGAUGAUUUAUUUUGUACAUCGGAAAUUUAUAUGUAUGUGAUAUUUAUAUGAAUU